UUUAGCAACUACACUUGCAUUUGAAUAAGCUCUUGUGCUCUUGUUCAAUCAAACAUGGUGACUUUUACUUCACAAAUUUUAAUGCUUUUGCUUCUACUUUUAUCUUCAAUCAUAUUCAACAAAGGUGUGUCGACUUGCAAUGAGAAAGAUCAACGGACGCUCUUAAUUUUCAAAAAAGGAAUCAUUGAUCAUUUCGGACGCCUUUCAACAUGGUCAAGUGAAGAAGAUUGUUGUGUGUGGAAAGGAGUUCAAUGUGACAACAACACUGGCAGAGUUACGAAGCUUGAUCUUUCACCGCCUUAUGAAGAAAAAACAUACAACUCUUUAGAAGGUGAGAUCAAUUUUGUUUUUCUAGAACUUGAGUUUUUGAAUUAUGUGGACUUGAGGGAGAAUGAAUUCGAUAUGAUAAGAAUUCAACCUAUUCAUUACAAUGUCACAUAUGCCUCUAAACUUCGUUACCUUGAUUUAUCUUGGAACGCCUAUGAUAUUCACAUAGAUAAUAUUCACCGGGUUUCUGAACUUUCUUCCUUGAAGUAUCUAAACCUCAAUGGAGUCGAUCUUCACAAAGAAACCGACUGGCUUCAAGUGUUUUCUAUGUUUCCUUCGCUAUUAGAGUUAUACUUAAAAGAUUGUAACUUGAACUACAUUAGUCCAUCUCUUAAGUAUAUGAAUAUUACUUCACUUGAAACCCUUGAUCUUUCUCUAAACAACUUCAACUUUGAAUUGCCUAAAGGAUUGUUUAAUCUCACCAAAGAUAUAUCCUACCUUGACUUUUCAUCAAGCAAAAUACAUGGUGAAUUACCUUUAAGCUUAUCAAACCUUGUAAAUUUGACAUACUUGGAUCUAUCCUAUAACCAACUCAAAGGAUCAAUUCCAAGUUGGAUAGGCCAAUUAAGUAAUUUGCAACACAUUGAUUUUUCCUACAACAUGUUUUUAGGUUCCAUUCCUUCAACUCUAGGGAAUCUCUCAUCCUUAGUUUCCUUAUAUAUUGGCUCUAAUUUUUUCUCAGGUGUAAUAUCUGAAAAAACAUUUUCCAAACUUUUGAACUUAAAAGAUCUAGACUUGAGCAAUUCCACUUUUGCAUCCCAUUUUGAUCCUAAAUGGAAUCCUCCUUUUCAACUCAAUAGACUUUCUUUAGCAAAUACAAAGCAAAUCUCCAACUUUCCAUCAUGGAUAUACACACAAAAAUCAUUGCAAGUUCUUGACUUAUCAAACGUAGGAAUUUCAUCGACGGAUGGGAAUAAGUUUUUGAGUUUUGCAGGAAGAAUAUCAAAUCUUCGUUUGUCCAAUAACUCAAUCAGUGGAGACAUAUCGAAUGUAACGUUAAAUUCUUCCUAUAUAGCAAUAGACCGAAAUAAUUUCACAGGAGAGCUCCCACAUAUAUCACCAAAGGCCGAACUCAUUGAUUUGUCUUACAACUCCUUCUCAGGAUCGAUUCCUCGUGAUUGGGAUAACAUGAAAUAUUUGAUAGAUAUUAACCUAUGGAGUAAUAGGUUAGCUGGUGAAGCUCUAAUUCACCUCUCAAACUUGAAGCGAUUGAGAGUUAUAAACCUUGGAAAAAAUCAAUUUUCUGGAAUGAUACCGAUUAACUUGCCGCAAAAGUUACAGGUGAUCAUAUUGAGAGAUAAUCAAUUUGAAGGAAAUAUUCCAGCACAAGUAUUCAAUCUAUCUUCUCUUUUUCACUUGGAUCUUGCACAUAAUAAUCUUUCGGGAUCUAUACCUCAAAGUGUCUAUAACAUGACUCCAAUGAUUAUAGGUACUAUCAACUAUAUUGCAGGUUUUCGACUAAAUUUAUUUACGAAAGGGGAAGAAUAUGAGUUUGAAUCAUAUAUCUUAAGGCAAACUAUUGACCUUUCAGCGAACAACUUGUAUGGAGAAAUUCCAUUAGAAUUAUUUCGCCUUAUUCAAGUUCAAACAAUAAAUUUAUCUCAUAAUAAUUUGAGUGGAACAAUACCUGAGAUGAUUAAAGGUAUGAAAAAUCUAGAAUCUCUUGACCUCUCCAAUAAUAAGUUUUCUGGUGAAAUUCCUCAAAGCAUGACAUUCUUAACUUUCCUAAGUUUUUUGAACCUAUCCUACAAUGAUUUUAUUGGGAGAAUUCCAGUAGGGACUCAACUUCAAAGUUUUGAUGCAUCUAGCUAUAAUGGGAAUCGAGAACUAUGUGGAGCUCCUCUUAAAAAGUGUGUUAUAGAAGAAGAUCCUACGCGUACAAAUCCAUCUAUGGAGAAUGAAGAAGACGACGACUCUUUAAGAGAAUCAUUGUAUCUAGGAUUAGGAGUUGGAUUUGCAGCAGGCUUUUGGGGUAUUUGUGGUUUAUUAUUCUUAGUUAGCAAAUGGAGACAUAUGUUUCUUGAUAGAAUGACAGAUAAACUUUAUGUUACUUUGAUGGCAAAGAAGAAUUGUUCUCACAAAACUUAGGGUGUAGUUGAGGCAUGUAUGUGUGUAUAUAUUGUCCUACUAUAAGUCUACUUGUUACUAGAAAUUAAAUCAGACCAAAGGAAAAUUGUGUUAGACACUAUGUUCUAAGGGUGAGUGAUAUGCACAAUAUUUUACUUGAUA